UUUUCGUAACAUCAAUAGAAAGGCUGAAUUCGUUCUGCCAUGGCAGGAUAGAUAGAUGAUCAUCGAUUCGUAUAUGCUGAAAAAAGCAUGAUCAAUAAAUGUGAAAUAUACACAACUUUAACAGCCUGAGAAAUUGUUGAAACGGAAGAGAAGAAACGACGAUGCUGGGUUGGUUCAGAAACCGCAAGAAUUUGAGAUAUACCAAGGAUAAGCCGCCGGAACAUUCGCGCUGCGACCUCUGCUUUAAUGACUUCCACUUUCCUUGCCGGACUAACUGUGGCCAUUGGCUUUGCGGCACCUGCGUUCUUCGAUUUUCAAUACUCAUGGAUGAUUUCCGAAAGUUCAAGUGUUCUGAGUGUGAAUCCCAGGUUUAUAAUCUUGUUCCCCAUUCACCUGUACUGAUUCAGCCAGGAAGACAAGUUGCUGAGGUCCUUGGAGAGAUCCUGCAAUUUAAUCGUGAACAUAAGAAAGACGUAGAUCUGCUCCAGAGCGUGAGAAGAAUGCCGGAUAUUUUGAUUGACAAAUUACCGUUUGUUUAUGCAAGUUCGUCUCUACGCUUAUACAAUAUGCUGAUGCAGUAUAUGACUUCCGUUUGUGGUCAAAUGGUAUGUUCCUCUUUGCUUCAGAAGGGAUUGAAUUCCGACUAUGUCAAAUGGUGAGAUGUGCUGUGCUUGUACUUGGUACUAUUUUCAUGUAUAGGCGGCGUAUACGGGAAUAUUUGAGGCAUUUGGCGGAAUAGAAUGGAGAUCGAUAAUGGAUUCUGUUACUGGAAAAUGUGUUUUUGAGCAAGAUUUCAGAAGGAUGCUAGUAUGUUUUGUGAAAUGUCUUGCUAUGCUGAUGGAGAAUGAAAACCAUAUACAAAUACCAAAAGCUCUAGCUACUUUAUUGAAGCUCUCUUGAUCUUUCUUUUUGUAUCUGUAUGGAUCAGUUUCGACUGUUUACAGCUUCUGGAUUGAUAUGAUCAUGGAUUAGUUUAAUUAGUUGUUAGUUACUCAACCAUUUCAAAUGAUGUUGUAUAUGAGUAAUUCAUGAAUUCAUAUCCAUUUAUAAGAAUUUUCUUGACAAAA